AUGGGCUCGGAAGCGCAGUCCACCGACUUCGCCCACCCCUCCGAGCUGGCGGCUCUGUCUUGCCGCGAAUGUAGGAGACGGAAGAUCAAGUGCAGCCGCCAGCUUCCCGUCUGUGACGCCUGCAUAACCUCGUUGAAUGCCUGUGUAUAUCCUGCGGGGCCUCUGAAACCGGGUCCCAAGGCUGGCUGCUGUCACCGCUCGAAGAAAAGAAAGCUGGAGCCUCAAAGUCAUUCGCCAAGGACGAUGGACAUGGGUUUACUUACCAUGGUUCCUCAACAUGACACAAAUGCUCAGCCUGGGAAGUCGUUUCUAUCUCCUGUCCAAGAAAAGGGCUCCAGGAUAGAUGUCGGUGCCUCUUCAACACCCCAUUCGGUCUUGCGCGCCUCGAAUGAACCAAGUGGCCCCUCUCUUUUCAGUCAAAGUCCAGAGCAGGGCCCCGCUAUAACCCAUCGAAGGCUUUCCUGGCUGGUUCAUCCAAAUCAUGAACCAAUAUACAAGCCGUCGGAUGGGACGGAACAUUCGAUGAUAGAGCCGCUGGCGGACCAAUGUACGCCGCUUUCCAUCCCGGCGAGCCUCAUGAAAUCGAUGUGCGACACUCUCCAAACUGAUGAGGGAGACAUCUAUUACCUUGUCGACCUUUACUUUGAAAAUAUGAUGUCGUUUACACUGUUCACGCCGCACCUGCUGAAUAUCAAGUUGCAAACUGCGUCACCGUCGCAAGCCACCGCUUUGCUGGCUGCAAUGUUCUCAUUUUCCGCCCGUUUUCGACUAGAAAGCACAAGUGCCAAUGGCUCUGCGACGGCUUCUGAAACUCAGAGAACAUCGCCAAGUGUAAACGACUUUUACCGAAUUGCGACGGCUUCCAUUGACCAGGAGCUCAUGGAUCUCAAAUCGCCACCUCCGCUUCUGUUGCUGCAAGCCAUGGUCUUGUUAUCAUUUCAUGACCUGAUUGAGAGUGCAGAAGGUAGGGGGUGGCGAUCGCUGGGUCGUUUGGUCCGCAUCGCGUAUGAGCUCCGGCUUCAUCUGGUGGACCGUGAUGUCAGCGAUUUCCCAGCGGAGCAUCCAGAUACGUGGUCCAUGAAGGAAGAACGUCGUCGAACCUGGUGGGCAAUCUGGGAGUUCGAUAUCUUCGCUUCUACGGUCCGUCGGCUUCCCCCUGCGAUUGAUUGGAGUCAGAACUGGACCAUGCUACCAGUGGACGACGAAUGCUGGCUCCAAAAGAAACCGAAACCGAGUUGCUAUCUCGUUGCCGAUCCCAUGGAACGAUCGAAGGUUCUUCAACGCUGCGGCAGUCAAUCAGGAAAAGCAUGGUUUAUCGUUGCCAAGUCCCUGAUGAGGACUGCCUACUGUGUAUCGAACUCGCAGGAAUACUUCUGGUCUCCACCUUCUUCCUAUCCUCCCCAACCGGGCCGACCACCAUUGCCUCAACAGCAGAUAUCGGCUCAAAUCAGAACGUCCCACGAAAUCGUCAGUAACGCCCUGUACUGCUUCUCAGUUGCCUUGCCGCGCCACUUGGGAUAUCGGGGCCAACAUCUAUUCGGCAAUGUCGCAUCAACACCAACGAGGACCAAACAACGUGACUCCGACAUUUACAGCAUUCAAUGUAUGCUCAAAACGACCGCCUAUAUGCUGAACGAUCCCAAUGCACUGGAAACUGGAUCCAGGCCGACCCAGCUCGACUCUUCAUUGCCCAAACAACAGAAACAGCAACAUGCUGAAUCGGGGAAGCGUCUGGAAAGCCAGCAAUUUCGUGAAAUGGACAAAAUCCUGGCAAAAGACCUCUCUAUGGCGGAUGCAAUCUUAUCGCUGGUCCGGAACAGCGACCCAGACCAUGUUUAUCUGGUCAAUCCAUUCGUUGCGAAUACGAUUUGGCUGGCCACAGCAAUAUUCCUCGUUUACAAACAUCUUUGGGCUUUUCAUAAGGAUUCCCAGGAGCGACUUCUUGUGGAAUCCAAUAUCGAUCUACUGCAAACUACCUUACGCCAGUUUGUUGAAUGGUGGAACAUGUCGGAUAUUCUGGAAGCAAAACUCUCCGAGCUCGAAAAGGAGCUGGCGAGUAUGCGGAAGAUGGGAAGUGGAAGCGCCGACUCAAGCGACUUACAUCAGCCACUCUUUCCACGCAAUGAGGGACCGUCUCUACCAGAACCGAUUGGCGCGAACGCCGAGGUCCCCAAACCGCCAAGAGAUAAUAGCGACGAAGGUGCAGCCUCGUGCGGCCUGCUGCUCAAUGGUGGUAGUAGCAUGGUACAAGACGGACUUCCACCCGGGAAUGCAGAUGAAUUGGACCCAAAUGAAACUUUGGGCUUGGUAGAGGAUAGAGGAUGUUUGCCCCCAUUAUACGAGAAAGGGUCCGGACUUUUCGACGAUGAUUUGUUCUACAAUGUGGAGUUGCAAGGGUUUUUAGAUGGCAUGUUCGCUGCAUAUCGGGGGCAGGACCCCUGA